UUUCUGUAGCUGUACUGUUCAGGACCGAGCCGCGUUACGAUUUCCCUAUUUUUGUAAUUUCAUCUGUGGACACCAAUGCCAAUGGCGAUACAGUAUAGCUCCUUGUUCAAGGUACAUUUAUAAUGAAAUGAAUAGUAUUUCUACUUUAUUUCACUGGAACGCCGAGCUAUGAAGUGAAAUGGCAUCAACUUCUGAAGACCAUAAUGUAUGCGUUGCGUAUAAUACACUUGCGACGUGUACAGCUCUGGACAAGCCACAUUUGAAACAGCUUUUGCCACACAUGCGAGCGGGAUGCCCGGCCGUUGGAGAAGCAUCUCACAAUGAAUGUCUGAGAUUGCUCUGCAAUUUCCUGUCGAGCAGUGUUUCCAAAAGUCGGCAAGUUGCACUAAGCCUGUUACAAGCAUCUCAGACAUCCCGUGAAGCUUUAUCCGCAGCUGUCUCUGAUAGUUUGCUGACUGGCGUUGAGCGCAGUGUUCCAGAUAAUGUCUCCGCUUGUCAGUCACUGUUGAACUUUGCCUAUGCUCUCUUCGAGAAUUUUCCGUCAGGGCUUGACUGUGUCAGUACCCACUUCCAUACAUUGAUACGAUGGAUAUCGAAGUGUCUUCAACACCAUGCUCAAGUUGUCCGGUGUUCAGAGGGGCUUGAAAGCCUCUCAACCAGUGUCAACAAAGAACUGUCCCAGGGCCUAUUGGGACUAGCAGUACUUUGUGUGCAGCGCCUCAAGAAACUUCACGGCCAUCUUAUCGCACUGAUGACUGCAUGCAGCACUGCAAAUGAUCAGACGUCAUCAGCUGAACCCAUUGCUUCAGGUUCUGCUCAGAUUGAUGUGUCAUACUUCAAGGAUUUGCUCGUGACAUCCAUAUCAAUUCUGAUGGAUGAUGCACAUUGUGUGGAGACCAUGACAUCAGCAGCCGUACUGGCCACGUUGAUACUGAGAUUCGCUAAUGGCCUCAACACAAUACCGUCUGGUGUUGAGCACUCUUUGAGCACCUCAAACAUUCUACACCAGAUUUCAUCAGUCCUAGGAAAGGCAAUCUCGCCAUCCACCUGUGACGCAUGGCCUGUGUAUGCUCGGGCAUGGAGUGAUCUUCUAUUUUCAAAGCUAAGUGUUUCUGGAAGAAGAGCUCUCCUACAUGCCAUUGUCAGCAGCUUGCCAAGAACCGUGUUAUUUGCCAACACUGAUGCCCUAUGCCAGUUUGCAGAUGCUGGUAGCCAUAGUAGCGGCAGUGCUGGUAGUACAGUGUACACUUGCUUACUACUGGACUGGGUAUUGCCCAGUGUCUAUGAGCUCUGUAAGAGUUCUGAUAAUAGCAACUUGCGCGUCUUGUCAUUUCGUCUACUUGCUAACGUUGCACACGAAAUGAAAUCAGCUGCUUCAAGCACUGCUGACCUGACGUAUGACCUACUAGUACACCUUCGUCAGAGAUUGUUAUGGAGCGGCAGUGUUGUGCAGCAGAUGAUCGACUUCAUCUGUGACAACUGGGAUGAUCCGGUUGAUGCUGUGCGUCAUCAGAUCAACUCUACAUUUGAGUGUCUUGUACUGAUGCAUGUGACGGUGCACAAAGAUGAUGUUGCACAAAGCCAGUCUCUUAUCCGGCCAACUUUGCACACAUUGCUAAAUCUGUCUUGGCACAUCCGUGGCAAGUACCUAUUACUUGCCAGCUUCGCCCAGCACACUGAUGUUGUGUUCAUAUUAGAGUUAUGCCCCACCUUGCCCGAUGACCUUCUUGCGGUGAUCAAGGAUUUGAAAUUGCAUUCUCCUGCCAGUGAUCUCUUCAACAAACUGUGUGGCUGCCACUAUGAGCAGCUUCAAAAGCAUCAGCAACAGCAGCAGUCUUCAGAAGAGCACACGACUUUGCUAGUUGAAGCAUGGCAGAGGACAUGGCUUGAUCCACUAUUGCACUGGCUAUGUACUGGUGGUAGCCGCGUGAGGACACACCUGACUGAAUUUUGUUUACCUGUACUGUUUCGCAACACACCCAACAGUCUGGCAUACCUGUCCACCUCUCUUUCUGCUGCUCUGCACAAGCAAGGAGAUAACGCUGGCAUCUUGUCAGCUCUUCUGCUGUGCCUGCAUCACAUCAGGACUGGCAGUACUCGUCAGAAAAUGGCAUCCAACCAGCACAGGAAUCCCAGCAGCACCACCAGCAAGACAACAACCGGUGACAUGUGCCAGUGGAGUGACUAUGCUGGCAUAUUGAAGCAGGCUUUGGCUCAUAGUGAUGAUGAGGUACGUCUCAAUGCAUUGGCUCUUCUCUGCGAAUCACGUCAGACAUCGGAACCACUGUCAGUGGAGGACAUUGACCUCAUGCAGUUCUUCUUGCCAUACAAUCUCAGCAGCCAGGACCCGUCGUUUCGCCAACGUUUGGAAACAUCAAUGAAAAAGGUACUCUUGCGUAUGCACGCCAGUCUACAUGUGGCGGUGCGAGAGAGUGACCGGCUCCGUAAACAAGCUAGUAUGGCCGCUUCACCGUCGGAACGGGACACUGCCAAGCGAAGAGACCAACUAGAAAAGUACCAGAGUUAUUUGGACAUGUGUGUGGGGUUCUUAACAUGGCUGGUGGAACUGCUUAUUUCAUGCAUUGAGCCAGUUGCGUGCUUUCAACGCCGCACUGCUGCAUUGCGCCUUCUACACGUCAUUGUUGAUGCCUUCCCCAGUCCUGUUGCAUCAUUCAGUACCACAGCGAUUCUUAGUCAACCACAUGUUGUUCAGAACCUCAUCAACAACGUACUGAAUGAAUCGUAUAGUUCCAAUCAGGAACUUCUCGUCACACUGCUUGUCGUUGCUCUUCCUAGUAACUCCCUGGGAUUUCAGAACGCAGUGUACCGUGACUCCUACAUCCAGUGCAUGUGUUGGUUAGCAUCCAGCCCCCGCGCUGAGGACUGUACGACUUCCCAGUAUCUACUGCAAAUCAUUAUCAAGAACUUUGUGGAGUGCUGCCAAGCUGAGCUGGAGCUUUCAGUGGAGCUGUUCUCAUGCCCUCUUGCAUCAGGGCAGUCCGCAAGUGCUCCUGUGCUAACUAUUCCCCAAGAACAGCUGGAGAGCAGCACUGGCACUGUAGAUGCACAAAAUCGUGUUCGUAGUAUAUCAGGAGCUGCUCAGAUUCCACUUCAUGGCCGUAUGUUGAAGCUCUGGCAGCAGUACUUGUCAUGCAUCAAUCAUCGGCUUGCCAUCGCCCAGUCGCAAGGGUUGCUAGCGUCAUUCUCCCAAUGCUCACUGUAUGGUCUAGUAAUGUCACUACGAUCCAUGCUCUCGCAACCAUCUGUUGCCAAGCUUAUCCAGCAGCUAUCAGCUGACCAGUCUCAGUCCGGCCAAGCUGCCGAGUUCUUGCGUGACUGCAUUAAGAUGUGCAUUCAGCUUGCCUGUGUAGUGCAGCCAGUUGUGUGUAACGAUACACCGGAAGGCUACUGUGUGGAUGAAGUCUCAGAUGCUGGUUUAUCAGCCAAUCCUGACUUGGCAGCUAAAGAUUUUCAAUCCCAGCUGGUGGUCGUGUGCAGUUGGCGGUGUCUGAAGGAGUCAGCACUUCUACUUGCUCAUCUGUUGCAAGUGUGCAGUGUGCCCAAUGUCAUGUGCAAGACACAACUAGAUCUAGUCCUGCUUUCUGCUGCACAGGUGCAAGAGGUUGGAGCUUUCUUUGUGAAGCAGCUCAUAUCCUCUCGACAUCUUGGUGCCUUUGAGCAAGUACACAAUGGCUUUGUAAUCCUAUGCCAGCAUUUGUGGAGGUGUUCCGACCCCAGUCUGAAUCAGCUACCUUUGGAGUGGGUCAGGUCAUUGCUUGAUGACCUGAGAGCAUCACUGUCCUGCAGUGAUAGUGCUCUGUCUGUCACACGCCGUAGUGCUGGUCUACCUAGAUAUGUGCAGGCUAUAUUGAUUACACAGCCAUCUAGUCAAAACUUCUCAUGUUUGAAACUGGUAGUUCAAGAGCUGAUGCACCUGGUAUCGCAGCCAGUUGAAGCAGGGGAAACGGUUGACACCGCUUUAUCUCAGGUGCAUGCUAUCAACAUCAUGUGCGCACUGUUCCGUGAGGCAAAGCUAGGGCCUCAUAUCUUGCCGUUUGUAGCCGAUGCCCUCAUCUUGGCUAUUCAGGGAUUUGCACAUUCCGUGUGGGCGAUCCGUAACUCCAGCACUUUGCUGUUCCGUGCCCUGAUCGGCCGUAUAUUUGGUGUCAAUACCGCCAGGCCUGGUCAGCCUAAAACAAACAGGCUAACAGGUCGUGAGUUCUUUGCAAGAUAUCCUGACCUCUACUCUAGGCUACUGCAGUUGCUCACUGAAGCUGUGCAAAGUGACAUGCACAGCCCUCACUCUGAUGCUGCCAAUACUUGCGGAAGCAUGCUGGAGCCGAGACUGUUUCCGCUGCUACUGCUACUCUCACAUCUUAUUCCGUCCGUGUCAUCGUUUUCCCUUCAGUCGUUCACACCACUUGUAAUGAGGUGCUGUGGUGUACGCGUCUGGCAGGCUAGAGUAAUGGCUGCAGAGUCCCUGGUGCCUCUGGUAUCUGUUGAUGAGCUGUACAGUGUCAUGCAGAUGCUAGUAUCCUCGCUACCCACUACUGCUACUGGUACCGCUACAGUGCAGAAUGAACAGAAGAUAUCUUACAACACUCUUCAUGGAACACUGUUGCAAUUGUUUCAUCUGGUCAAGUAUCACAUUGACCAGUGUCCAAGCAGUGCAGCACUCUCUGCUAUACACCGACUGCUUCCACUAAUCUGGGAAAGACGUUGGCUUGUCACCAGUGAGAACGCGUGCAGUCUAGUGCGCUCGUUGGCUGUACAGCUGUUUGCCAAGUGCUGCUGCACACUUACCAGUGAGGUGGCUGAUGACAAUGUUCUGUCUGCACAGCAUCGUAUCCGCCAAUACGUCUGCACCGUUGCUGAACAGUAUGCGCUGGAUGCAUCGCCACUACCGAGGGCUGAACGUGCAGGGGAGAGUACCAAUGGCACUGACACAGACACACAUCACCCCGGGAGAGCCGCUGAACAUAUGGCUGAUCACCAAGUAUCCACAAGUCUCGCUCGUGUACUACUGGACAGGCAAGGUGAACAGAUGUCCUGUCUAUCUGGAGAGACCAGUGAGAAUGGUGGAAAGGAGCCAGCGGCUGGAAAGAAACAAGACGUGAUGAAUGCCUUGUUGCACUCACCGUGUUAUGAGACUCAGCUUGCCACUUUGGACUACUAUUCAUCGGUGUGUGCUAUGUUCACGAGAAAGAAUGCCAUCAGCUGCGGCAGUGGUGGCGGAGAUGACAGCUGUCGUGGUGCAGGCCGUAAUGAUGACGAGGAAGGUACUCUUGUCAAGGCAGAUCACUAUGAGUCCAGCCCAGCGCUGAUCCUACAGCCGUCAAAGCAAUUGUUGAAUUGUCUGUCGGCAGUAAUGGAGCUAUUCCUUGAUGAGAAUCUCCAUCCAUUGUGUAUACAGAAGACUGCAGAUGUCUUGUCGCAAUGUUGCUCAUUACUGCUGGACAGGAUGGAGGGGAAGAGUGGUAUGACAUGCGACAUGCUGAAAAUGUUGCUCGUGCGCUGCUGUAACCUAUUGAAAAGAGGACACCAGAACUGGGAGUGCUUUGGUCAUGUCUUCUUGUUCAUGUCAACUCUGCUACGUUCAUCAAAUGCUUUGGCAGUUGAGGAUGAUAUGUGGACAACACUUUCCUUUCAGAAAACAUCAACAUGUGCUUAUGGAAGUACGAGCAGUGACACACUUUGGUUGGAUUCAUUGAAGCAGGCAUCUGACCUAGCGCUGUCAUGGCAACUGCGUAUGCUGGCUGCGCAGAGUAUCGGCCAGGUGUUUCAAUCCUGUGUCUUACCAAGUCAAGUCAAGUUAUCGGCAUGGAUUCAUGCUGUACAGCUUUUGCAAGAUGAGCAGAUGGAUGUGAGAAGUUGUAUGUCACACGUUGUCAUGCAAGCAUGUGUACAGCAUGGACUGGUGAGAGCUUACUGCCAUUUACAUGUAACUCGCACACUGGCGCUUGCCCUGGUUGCCAUGACUGCACUAUGCAGCCUCGACAGCUAUGAUGUGACCAUGGCAACAUUGCAGGCAUGGUCGCACAGUACUAUAUGUAACACAUCACCAACGGCAACAGCUACCACCAGCGUUACGCAAGCAGAUGGACAGCUGUUCUUGAAGAGUGAACUCAACUCCUACUUUGAAGCUAGUUGGCUGGCCGGUGAGACCAGCAAAGUGUUGACCUUUUUCUUCCCUGAUGACAGGGAAAUUCAAGUUAGUCCAUACCAUGACCUUGACCAGCAUGCUGCUGCUGCUGCAUAUAUAUCCCAACACAUAUUGCCAGUGUCUCACAAGCUUCCUACUUGAUGACACUGUGCCGGGUGCUUGUGGAUAGUCUUUCCCUUUCUGGUAUUCAGCCACAUGUUUUGUCCAAGUUUUGUUGUUUGGACACUGAAAAACGAUUCAUGGACACCGAAUGCGCAUGUACUCUUCACGGCCCUCAUGCAAUAGUCUAAUCUGUAAAUCCCUGGGAUCAUAUUGUUUGUAGAAUGAUCGCUAUGAACCCAAAACACUUCCUGUAAUUCGGUUAGCACCUCUGCCUCCAUGCACAGAAUAAAAUAUGGCUGCCGUGUUAUAUAAUACAAGCUUGGCAGGUAGUCAAGGGCAUAC